AUGAGACAACAUCUCAAAAAGUUGUUAUUUCCCCAUCACCAAACAUAUACAAAAAUUGUAUCAUCUGCACAUCGAUUUUACGCGUCUUCAACAAAUUUAUUAUCACAUGAUGCAAGUGAAAAGACGACGACUCAAAAAAAACCUCCUAACGUCCCAGCUCCUUUUCUAGUGUUCAAUCGUGACGUGAAAACCCGUCAGCGUAGUCGUGCAGCCAUUGAUAAAGAAACCAGUCGACAGGUUGAUUAUUUAAAGGAUGAGGUGGCACAACGAAUAGUUGACCGAAUUCUGGAUGUAAAACGAGAUUUCUCUACGAUUGUUGAUUUGGGGAGUGGGUGUGGACAUAUCGCGAAAUUCUUGGACGAAGACAUUUGUAAACGAUUGAUUAUGUGUGACACGUCAGAAACGGCUUUAAAUAGGCACACGGAUCAAGAAUACGAAGUUGAGAUUGAACGCAAAGUGGUCGACGAAGAGUGGCUACCUUUCGAGGAGAAUUCUUUAGAGGCUGUUGUUAGUAAUCUUUCACUUCAUUGGGUGAAUGAUUUGCCAGUCCAAAAAAUUUUGAUUGGAAGCUUCCCAGAGCAUCGCAGCACAUUCAUACAGAUCCGUCGCUCCUUAAAGCCAGAUGGCGUAUUUAUUGCUGCAACGGCACUACAACUUGCAGAAUUGGAACGUGAAGGGGGCAUUUCACCGCGUGUAUCACCGAUGACAGAUGUGAGGGACUUGGGUAGCUUAUUGUCACGAGCAGGCUUCACCCUCACAACUGUCGACAUCGACGAGAUUGUCGUUAAUUAUCCGAGUAUGUUCGAAUUGAUGCUGGAUUUACGCGCCAUGGGUGAAAGCAAUGCUGUUAUAAAUAGACGCUUAUUCUUAAAGAGAGAUACAAUGAUAGCAAGUGCUGCAAUAUACAAAGAAUUGUAUGGGAAUCCGGAAGGCACAAUUCCAGCCACUUUUCAGAUAAUGUAUGUGAUCGGUUGGAAACCAGACAUCUCGCAACCGAAACCCAAACCUCGUGGGUCUGCAGAAGUUUCUUUAAAAGAAGCAUUAGAAAAAAACCAAAAAUAA